AUGGCCCCCACCAAGCCCAGCCGGCUGCCCCAGGUGCUGCUGCUGGCCGCCGUCGGGCUGGCUCUGAUGGCGGCAGCCGCCGCCGCCGAUGACGCCGUGGCGGCCUCCGCCGCUGGCCAGGACCCCUGGCGCAAGGGCGAGACCUGGCCCACCUUCAAGGGCCCCCGCGGCAAAGACAAGCGCCCGAUCUUCUCCUCCUUCAAGGAGUAUUCUGCGUUCUGCGACAAGACCUGGCCCGACCCCAACACCCCCGUUGGCUGCAAGCCACCCAAGGGCUCUGGCCUCAAGUUCAACCCCAAGCGCAUGCCCAAGGGCGUGCUGCCCUACGGCGCCUGCACCGGCAGGCCCCUGGACCACAAGGAGCACACCAUCAACAAGGACGCCAACGCCACCCGCCCCGCAAAGCCCGUGCCGCCGCCUAAGAAGUACCAGCCCGCCAAGUCCUCCGGCAACCAGGGCAAGCCCUGGGGCAAUGGCAAGCCCGCCGGCCGUCGCCUGCUGGGCGGCGAGGAGGGCGCGACCGUCAUGCGUGCCGCGCACGUGCGUGCCACUCGCACCCACCGUCGCCUGCACCAGGCCGGCGGCGGCGCCGACCAGUGCCCGGGCCUGCAGUGCGUCACCAACAUCCCCAGCCUCGCCCUCGACUUCUCCCUGCCCCUGGACUUGCCCGACGGCUCCACCCUGGACCUGGGAGAGGUGAUCGACCCCUCCACCAUUGUCAACGACUUCCUGGCACUCACCGGCGGCGCCCUCUGCGACCUCUCCUUCUCUGGCGCCGACAUCGCCAGCGGCGCCUGGCUGGCCCAGCUGAUCGGCCGCUCCAACUCCUCGCUGGCACAGAAGGCCGGCUCCCUGGUGCCGCUGUUCAACAAGAUGCCGCUGCGCCAGGACGUGAAUUACCUCAUCAUGGGCUUCCCCGCCGGCAUCCCGCCCUCCACGGGCAAGGACGGCGCGCCCGCCUCCAAGCUGGACAAGGUCAAGGGCGUGCUGGGUCUGGGCGUGGGCGUGGCCCUCAACCCCUGCACCCUGGACCUCCACCUCCAGUUCUUCGGCCUCAGCGCGGGCCCCAUCCCGCUGGGCAGCUCCGGCCUGGAGCUGACCCUGUCCGCCGACUCUGUGGGCUUCUCCCGCGACGGCCUCAUCCCCUCCAACCUGGACAAGAUCGGGCUGAACCGCCGCUUCUUCACGCCCACGGGCUUCCGCGACGUGCCCGCCGCCGCCCCCACCGGCCACCUGUACUUCCAGGGCAGCGGCGCCGUGUCCCCCGCCGCCCUGGGGGCCCUGCAGAAGUUUGUGACGGUGUCGUUCAAGGCCACCCUCAAGGCCCUCAUUAAUACCGACCCGCUCAACGACAACCAGGUGGGCGUGCCUGCCAGCUUCGACGACUUCCGUGUGCUGGCCAACCUGGAUGCCGCACCCGUGAUCAACCUGGGCGGCAAGAUCCCCCUGGAGCUGGGCGACAUCUUCCAGGCCAGGACCAACCUGUACCUGGCAAACGACAACGAUGGCUUCACGCUGGCCGCCGGCCUCAACAUCACCCAGGGCGGCCUGGGCGGACUGGUGAGUGCGCGGGCUGGGCAAGCUGGUGACGAUGCCUGUGGAGGCGCGGGACGCCAUCUCAGCCAUCUUCAACGCCGGCCAGAUCGGCAGCCCGUGCUGCUCAAGGGCCUGAACGUGUUUGCCGGCGCCGAGGGCUGGGCGCUGCGUGUGGAGCUGGCCGCCGGCAACACGGGCGUGAUGGCGGGCAUCGGCCCCAUGCUGGACCUCAUCCGCCUGGCCUUCCCGCAGGUGCCGCGCACCGUGGGCGGCACCUUUGGCAUCUCGGGCCGCACCCAGGGCAACGGCCUGCCCAUUGGCGUCACGCUGGGCCUGAACGGCGUGGGCGACAAGACGCUCUACUUCUGCUCCACCACCGCUGACUGCCCCUCGGGCUCCUCCUGCCAGCUGGGCCUGUGCUCCACCACCACCUGCGGCUCGGGCACCUUCCCCACCUCCGCCAUCUCCUGCUCCCUGGCGGCCUGCCCCCCCGGCUUUGUCAACACGGGGCUGACCUGCGUGGAGCAGUGCAAGGCGGGAGAGGUGGACCAGGGCGCCACCUGCGCCGCAUGCCCCGCCGGCAAGGAGUAUGAUGCCGGCCUGUGCUACACCCCCUGCGACCGCGCCAGGAACUACUACCCCGUUGGCCCCGUGUGCUGGCAGCGCUGCGGCGCCGGCUUCACCGACAUCGGCGCCCUGUGCCGCUUCAACGGCCGCUCCAGCUUCGGCAAGGGCUGCUGCUGCAUCAAGGCCUUUGGCCGCGACAACGGCUGCUGCGGCUGCCCCGCAAACAUGAACGACGCGGGCUGCUUCUGCUACCCCACCACCAUUUGGAAGUCCUCCUACGGCCGUGGCGUGGGCACCGUGCCCGGCAUCCGGAACAAGCAGUCCAGGAGCCGCAUCGUCAUCCCCACCGUCACCCUGCCCAACUGA